CAGUUGGCAAUUUCAUGAGGGUAUUUAGACUUAAUUAUAAAAAAGCCAACUAAAGGCUUGGCAACUAGUCCAGUUCUGUUUUUGCUGUCGGAGAAGGACCUAUUGGGUCUACAGGUAGGUUUAUCUGGGAUCUGAAUCGCUCUCUUGGUCCAUUGAUUCCGACUUAAAAUAAGCAGCAAGAGUCAUGCUGAACCACCAAGCAAGCGUGCAUUAAGAAUUCAGGCUGAAUAAUUAUUUCACAAUUAGCACAUGCAUAAAAUUUGCAGCCUCAUUAAGCGGCUUGAUUUAUGUGGCAGCCCGAUUAAAUUCCACCUUAGCCACCUUGUGUGAUAUCUCAACGUUAUUUAAUGAACUGGUGAGCCAGAGCGAACGGUUUGGAAGUUACCCAGGGAAGAUCUGAGCUCAGAGACCCCGGCUGUGUAAAUGGGGUGACAACUUUAUUUUGGCAGGGCUUCUGUGCCCCUAACAAACACUCUGCGUGCAGUGCAAGAUAUUGCUUCACCUCCAGGAAAUGGAACCACUUUUUUAAUCUCUACAGUGGUUUCCGCUAAAAGUAAUUCCUCUUUAAAAAAACGAGGCAGAGCGGGAUGCCUUCACGGCUGCCUACAGCAGGGGUCUCCAACCUUGGGAACUUUAAGCCUGGAGGACAGCAAAGCUGGCUGGGGAAUUCUGGGAGUUGAAGUCCGCCAGGCUUAAAGUUCCCAAGGUUGGAACUUCAGCAUCCUUUAACCCUCUACUGAAGGGGGGACUUCAGUUCCCAUCAUCCUUCCCGUGGUCAGAUCGCAUUGCACUUCUUCACCUUCGGAGAUGCUACGCGAUGUUUGCGCAGAGACGCUUCGGGGAUCCGUGUGGCUUUCCACCGCGUCCGCUUCGCAGAUGGCAGCCAUGGACAACUCCGGGAAGCGCUGCGGGGCGCUUUACAACUUCCUCUUCGAGUACGACACCCCGAGGAUCGUGUCCAUCAAGAGCCGCAAAGUGGGGGUCAUGAACCGGCUGGUCCAGCUGGCUAUUUUGGCCUACGUCAUCGGUUGGGUCUUUGUGUGGGAAAAAGGCUACCAAGACACCGACUCGGUGGUGAGUUCGGUAACCACCAAGGUGAAAGGCGUCACCAUGACCAACACCUCCGACUUGGGACCCCGGGUUUGGGAUGUGGCGGAUUACGUGAUCCCAUCUCAGGCUGAGAACUCGGUUUUCAUCAUGACAAAUAUGAUCGUCACGUUGAACCAGACCCAGGGGCUUUGUCCAGAGCUCCCAGAUAAGACCACCACGUGCACGUCGGAUGGAGACUGCCAAAAAGGCUAUGUCAGCACCCACAGCAGUGGUAUUCAGACCGGAAAAUGCAUAGUGUACAACCAUACAGAUCCCCCCAUUAAGACGUGCGAGGUUUUUGCUUGGUGUCCAGUGGAGAAUGAUGAAAACUUACCCAAGCCAGCUUUCUUGAGGAAUGCUGAGGAAUUUACCCUUCUUGUGAAGAACAAUAUUUGGUAUCCAAAGUUCAACUUUACGAAGAGAAACAUUCUUCCCACCAUCAAUCACACCUACCUCAAGAACUGUAAAUACAACACCAAAACUGAUCCAUUUUGCCCGAUUUUUCGCCUCGGGGACAUAGUUGAAGCCGCUGGCCAGAACUUCCAAGAGAUGGCCAUUGAGGGUGGCGUGAUGGGCCUGCAGAUCCGAUGGGACUGCAACUUGGACAACUCGGCUUCCCGUUGCGUGCCGAAGUAUUCCUUUCGGCGAAUUGACAACAAGGAUUCUGCCCAUUCCGUUUCCCCAGGAUACAACUUCAGGUUUGCAAAAUACUACCGGACCUCUCCCAGCAAUGAGUAUCGGACACUCAUCAAGGCUUAUGGCAUACGCUUUGACAUCAUGGUAUUUGGCACGGCUGGGAAGUUUGAUAUCAUCCCUACUAUGAUCAAUAUUGGAUCUGCCUUGGCCCUGUUUGGUGUGGCCACUGUCCUCUGUGAUAUAAUUGUCCUGUAUUUUAUGAAGAAAAGAUACUACUACAGAGAGAAGAAAUACAAAUACGUGGAAGAUUACGAACUGCAGGGAGCCCAUUCAUCGUAUGGAUCCCAGACAGAAGUUCAAGACUGCGCCACAAUGCGAUGAUUCUCCACAAACGGGUCCUGCUCAUUUCACCCAGCCGAGGAGCAGAUCUGUGAUCCUUCUGUCCCUCCUGGCCUCUGUCCGGCUUUGCUUCUGUUGGCGGCCUCCUGGAUCAACCUCGGAGAUUCUCCCGAGGAAUUAGCAACGUUCUCCUGAAAACCUUCAACGCUUUUUGGGUGCCGGGUCUGCCAAGCUUUGUGUAGUCCGAGAUAAUUUUGAAGCGGAUCUUCUAACGUGCCUUUCCUACCGCCCAAUUCAUGGACAGAUGGGGGGCAGGCAGAGGUGGCGGGACCAAAAAACGUCUUUGAUAUUUCUAGAACGGCCCAAUUUGUGAUGUGCUUCCCUUUGUUACAUAUCGUAACCCUCUUCGUUUGGAAUGGGUGGAAAGAUAUAACUUGUUAACUUGUCUUCCAUGGUCAUCCUUUUUUUUGAAAAAAACAAAGAGCCACUUGGUGCAAUUUGCAGUCUCUGUUUUUGAAAUUAAGCGGAUCUUUGGAAUUCCCUCCCGACUGUAAUUCCAAUCUGGGAAAUCCCCAGGAUAGGAAAUAAAUGCGACAUGCCGGCGUGUCAGCCUCUCCCUCUCCAGCUUCUACUACUGAAUUGCUACUGCCCGGUUUAUAUCCACAGAAAUUUAAUAUAUAAAUGAAAAGAUAAUGGCACUUUACCAUUUUUUUUAGGAGACAGAUGUAAGGCGGUAUCGAUGAGAAUAAUCUUCUUUGCCAAGAGAAAAUAAUAAAGGCACUGGGAAAUAUGA